AUGAUUUAUAUUCUAGGCGGUGUUUACAAGAAACAUCCAAUUAAAACGUGCAAGGCAGCUGCUCUCACUGGAGCCAUGUUGACCCGCCGCAAGUCAAGCAUAACUCAACAACAGGGCACAUUGGGUACCACAACUACGGUCAAGGGUCGUGAAUCAGUUGCUAUACUUGCCGAAAUGCUUAGUGUUGACCCGAGCGCAUCGAAACAAAGACCAGGUUGCAGUAAACAGAUAAACAGAUUUAAACAGAUUUUAUGUCGAAAUAUUUCAUCAAUUUAG